CCAAUUUCCUUGAAGAUUUUUCCAUGCCAAAUGGCCGCUUUUAUGGAGGAAGCGUUGAUGGAAGCGCGACGAGCCCGUGACGCAGGUGAGGUGCCCGUUGGCUGUGUCUUUGUGCAUGAGGACAAAGUCGUCGCACGUGGCGCCAACGAAGUGAACGUAUCCCGGAACGCUACCCGUCAUGCCGAGUUCAUUUGCAUCGAUGCCAUCUUGGCCUACUGUCGGGAGAAGAAUCUGCCAGCACGCCAAAUGUUCAGCGAGAUCAUCGUGGUGGUCACCGUGGAGCCGUGCAUCAUGUGCUCUGCGGCCCUGCACACAUUGGGCGUCCAGGAGAUUAUUUUUGGUUGCGAAAACGAUCGUUUCGGCGGGAAGACGGUAGUGAAUGUCGGCGCUGUGGUGGGCAAAAAAAUCAAAAUCACUGGAGGCGUGCGCGGCGACGAGGCCAUGGCGCUGCUGAAGGAGUUCUACAAGGGCGACAAUCCGGCGGCGCCGACAGUGGCCAAAAAGAAGAAUUAACAUUACUACACCUUAGAACCUGUCCCUAAAAAUUUCACUCGAAGUAAUGUUUAUUAUAAACUUUAAGCAUAGUCUAAGACAUAUGUAUAUGGCGUUGUGAACAUAUGCUUAAACAUAAAUACAAUUACAAGGAAGCUACAGCAUGGACAUGUGUGUAGUGAUGGCUGUGCCUGUACAACAAUA